UUGAAAGCAGUCCUUGUGGCUUUCCUUGACGUUCAGAAGGCUCUGUUGAGAUGGACCUGAAAGGCCGUCCUCACUCUGUGAAGCUUUGGCAGCUCAGCGGGACGGACUAUGAGCCACAGCGGAGUCUAAAGCAGGGGAUGGAGAGACGCUUCAGCAGUUGGACCCCACUGACCAACAAGCAAAGCAACCUGCAGCUAUUUGAGGAGCGGGUAAAGCUUUCCUUGCACUGGUUUGAUUUGUGGAACGAUUCACAGAGGAAACAUCUCCUGCACUCCCUGCUGAUGCGCUCAACCAAGUCCCAGCUUAAGUACUGCAGAGAUAUGCUUAAUGAGACAGUCCCUGUUACUAGAGCGGACUUCACAGCUGUACUGCCACGGUUUCUCUCUCUGUAUGUUAUGUCCUUCCUGUCCCCUAUGGACCUCUGCAGUGCCGCACAGGUCAGUUGGCACUGGAGAUACCUGACAGAACAGGACUGUCUCUGGUCAGGCCGGUGUAUCAAGAGAGGCUGGUUUCUUCCCUAUGCACCAAGAGAAAAGGAGUUUGGAGCCUGGAAGUAUCACUACAUCUCAUGUGUUUCUACACUGGACUGGUUUCCUCCUCGGGAGGCAGCCAAGAUAUUUGGGACCCUCAAUCAGCCAAGCACGGGGUUGACAGAGGAUGAAGAGGAGAGGAGUAAAGAGAGAAGGGUUAGACAGAAAAUCAAAGAGGCACUGCAGGGGGAGAAGAGGUUGUCCAUGAUGCACAGGAGACCAUGGGGUUCUAAUCCAAAAUCAGAGGUAUUCAGAAGUCCUCAGACAGAAAGGUCCUUUUCAGAUUUAACCAUCAGAUCUCUGCCAUCCCUCUGCUGGCCACUCAAGUCUCCACCCAUCAGUCCAAAGAGAGGGCAACUUCUCGAUGGAGCUCAGGUGACAAGUGCUAGCAGAAUUCCUGCUUAUGAGCUGGUGCUCAGUGGACUGAAGGCUGAAGUGAUAGUGGUUCUGUAUGACCACAGAGGGACUCUCUCGGCCCUCUUAACCCAGGUGGAGAGGGCCGUCUCAGGGCAGCAAGUGCGAAGGAUUGGGCUUUUAGUUCCAGGAGGAACAGAGGAGAUUUAUCUCGUUAAUGACAGUAUUCUGUCCGAGAGAACUUUAUCAUCCCCGGAUUUAAUGGAUUUCUGGGAACAGCUUUUCGCCUUGGUGGCACCCGGUCAACAAGGUGGAGGGAUAGACAUUUUCUGCCCACUGGCUGCAUCCGCAUCAGGACUUACAUUGAUCCGUAAUCUUUCCACUCUAACUGGUCUGGUAGUUCGAGCGCCUUUGGGUCUCGCCACAGGAAGUUUCCAGAACAGUGAGUUACUUUUACCAAAGAGAAAAGACAAACAAAAACAAAACAGCUGUUGUUUUUGGUCAUGGCUUAUGUUUCUUAUUAAUGUAGUCCUCAGUGAAUGGUCCAGUGGUGAUGGUGCUGCUGCAUCUGUAGAACAGGAGCAGGCAGCUCCAGCGCUGCAGUAUAUUUUUGACGAUGUGGUGCUGAACUGGUGUAGACAGGCUGAGUGGAUGGAGGAGGGUUUGGUACGACUGAGGGCCACCCUGGGGCUUCAGCUUCAGCAGGCUAGUGUUCAGGCCAGAGGCAGAGCUCUGGGACUUUUUCUGUGGGAACAAUUAUCCCUUGAUAAGCUGUGUGUGUCCAGAGAACUCAGUGAAGCUCUGACGGAGGGACUUACAACUUUAACUAGAGAGAAAGAGUGGCUGGCAGCCACAAAAGAGGAUGAGACAAGCAAGAAGCAGCUGCUUUGCCCUCAAGCUGAGGAGAGAGUGUACCAAGAGCCUCUAAUGGCAGCUUUCAACUCCAGCAGACCAAUCCUCGGCUAUAACGACAUCCAGAUCAUCUUCAGCCCUGUUACAGUGAUAGUCCAACUAAACAGUUUGUUUAAGGCAGAUUUACAGACCAGGCUGCAGCAUUGGGGUGCAGAGCAGUGUGUUGGAGAUGUGUUUGUGAAGUUUUGCUCAAAACUUAACAUCUACACUAACUACCUGAAUAACUACAUCACCACCAUCCGCACCAUCGAUAAGUGCAGGGAAGCAAAUCCUGCAUUUCGGGCUUUUCUGAAGAGAGCAGACAGAACUCUGCCGACACAUAUGCUGAGCCUGCAGGAGCUGCUGCUGUGUCCAGUGUGGCGAAUCCAAGAGUAUGUUACUCUGCUUCAGGCUCUGACCUCACAGACACGACCCGGUCAUCCCGACUACUCAGACCUCUGCUCCGCCCUCAACACGAUGCUGCAGUUCAGAACAUUCAUUCAGCAGUUAAAGGGAAACUCAGAGGCAGGCAGGCGGCUGGAGGAGACACAGAAACUGAUACAGGGCUGUCCGAACCUUAAUGAAGGAAACAGGCAUCUCAUAAUAACGCAGGACGCCAUGCUGCUCAAGAGCCCGGAUGAACAGAUUCCAGAUUCACUGAGGACCUUUGAGCAUAUAUGCGACGUGGGACUGUUCCUGUUCAACGAUGCUUUAGUUCUGACUCGAAGAAAGUUAGAGCAUACCCCUUUCACUGUGUCUCAUCGGAGCAUUCACACCUUCCUGGCCUCUGUUGCUACAAGCAGUCUGACCGUCCGAGAAAUCCUGCACACACCCUAUGUGUGUCAUGCCUUCGUCUUGGACGGACCACACCGCUCUUGGGUUUGUGCAAUGGAGCAAGAAGAGGAGAGGGAAUACUUCCUGUCUGUGCUGCGUUCGGCUAUAAACUCCUCCCUGAAUGAACACCAUUGAUCAUCAGACCUCUCCAUCCAAUACCAUCCCCUCCACUGCCAGACAUUGUAGAUGUCUCUGUAGGGAUUAGCAAAUAUAUGACAUCAAAUCCCUGGACUGCUGAAAAUUAUUUGUGGCACUGUUCACAACCGUUACAACUCAUUUCUUGUCCUGAGUUCAUGAUGUUUCCUAACUAUGAUUGGUAAACCCUAAGUUUUGUUGUUUGCUACCACUAAUGGUAUUUUCUCCUUACCAUUGCUGGUAUACAUCCUUCCAAAAGUGUUUCCUAAUUGUACAUAAACUGUUACUCACUUAUUAUUAGU